UUCUUGUUUUUAAUAAGAAGGAGUGGGCUUAAAUAGCAUUAAUAUCGUGCUUUUUUUUCUAUUUAAAAAAAAAAAAUCAAACUAAAUUUUUCAAAUCAAGAUUAGCCUUUACAUUUAGACAAUAUUCUGAAUUUUUUUUGUAACUGGUGAAGACUGUAUGUAUCUAAAACCUUAGAAUUAUCGUUGCGUUUUAAAAUCUUCCGAAUUCUGUGAACGUUCUGGUGUACGUGCUUUGUGUGCAGAACGCGGCGCAUUGUUUCAGCAGAUCCUAUUUUUCUACCGCAGAAUCGUUACCCUCUGAAUGACCCCGCCGUGUGCUUGCUUCGAGUCUGAUAGAUUAGGGUAGUAGUGCCACAUUUUACCAGAGGGUGGCGCGCGACUACAACCUUUUAAAGAACCUACAACAUCUAGUUCGGUGAAACUCUCGUUGCGCGUUCACGUCUCCAAACAGUUCCACACUGAUUUCCUGCUUACGCGCGAGUUUACCGCUGGAGGUCACAGAAUAGGAUUUACGACUGGUCAACAAAAACACGUGACUUUAAGCCGUACCCCAUAUUUGGAAGCCUACGUAGAAAGCAUUAAGUCUGUCUUACUCAUUUCCAUAAUUCAUCAUAAAUUGUGCAAGGGUGCAAUAGAAGCUCAAAACCAACAAGAUACACAAAUCAAACACGCACAGUAUUGUUCUCUCCACAACUGUACUUGAGUAGCUAAAAUAAUUAAGGUAAUUAUUGUCAACCAAUGAGCUCUUAUUUUGUGAACUCAUUUUGCGGUCGCUAUCCAAAUGGUGCGGACUACCCCUUACAUAACUAUGGAGAUCACAGUUCUAGUAGCCAAUACAGAGAUUCUUCGGGCAUGCAUUCGGGCAGGUAUGGAUAUGGAUAUAAUGGAAUGGAUCUUAGCACCAGGGAGUCUAGCACCGGACACUUUCUCUCAUCUGGUGAGCAAGCUCAAAGCUACACGGACAAUCCAACUGCGACGCCUGUCCGGUACAAUCAACCGGUUACCACGGACAGCGCUGCGUCCACGUCGCCUUCCUCUGACCCUCUCCCGUGCUCGUCCUUAGCCAACUCUCCUGUCAGCGAGCCCUCACACCGCUCCCUAAAAACAUCACUACCGAACAUCACUGGCUCAGCAACCCACAGUGUCGGGCGUACUCUCAGUCGUCAAAACGUCUCUAAAGCGUCCCACACCGUGGAGGAAGAAAAUCCAGAAGAAAGUGCGCAGGCAGCCUCACUGAAUGUAUCUGAUGGGUCGCAGCCACAAAUUUACCCAUGGAUGCGAAAACUUCACAUAAGUCAUGACAGUUUGGUCGGACCGGAGGGUAAAAGGCCGAGGACAGCCUACACACGGUACCAGACGCUGGAACUGGAGAAGGAGUUCCACUUCAAUCGGUACCUGACACGACGCCGGCGAAUAGAGAUCGCGCACACGCUCUGUCUGUCAGAGAGACAGAUCAAAAUAUGGUUUCAAAACCGCAGAAUGAAAUGGAAAAAGGACAACAAAUUGAAAAGCAUGAGCAUGGCGGCCGCAGGAGGCGGUUACCGGCCCUGAGAAUGUGUACAUAAUGUAUAUGUAACUAUAUGUUUAAGUGUUAAGACAUGAGUGUAUGUGUGCGCCUGUUUCCUAUACGUGUGUGUUCUGUAUAACAUAGGGACAGAAUGUUAUGGGUUUUUCCCAUUUCGCAAAAUACUUUUCAGGGGAUUUACAGGCUCAUGACCAGUAAAACUAAUGGCCAGAAAAACAAAAACAUUUCCUCUGUGUGUUUUCAGUGUUGCAUAUAUGUGGGCGGAUCUUUGCAUUGUCGAAAGCCCAUGAAGGUGUAAAAUAAUAUAAUUUUUGACUAAAUAUUCGGAUGUGUUGGUUACACUAAACUAAAACUGUUACGUUUGGCUGCUUAAGCAGAACUUAGAGACGUCUUGAUGUCUUAUUGUUUGUAAAUAUACAUUCAUGUAUUUAAUAUAUUUAUUUUAAUUCGAUAUAAAAUUUUCAAGUGUGUCAUUAUUUUGUCAAGCUUAAAGUAGGCUAGUACCUGUUUUUGAUCUUGCUGCACUGUCACUGUGGUAUUGAUAAAGUCGUUUCGUUCAGACUUGUCCGCAUUUUUGUAAGUUAUGUCCUUAUUGGUCUACCUGAAUGCGUGGAAGUGUGUUUUAAGUGUUAAAAUGUUAGAGACUAAGUCUAUAUAUUUUGUCUUGUGAAUUUUGAAUGAUAACUGGGAGUAAUGGU